AUGCGGCCAUUUCUUGCUGCCGCAACGGCGUUUCUUUUUUUGGCUAGUUCUUCGGAGGCCAUUCCUCAAAAUGGUGGAUCUAGUGGUUAUGGAGGCCAACAAUCAUCAUCGAUAGCUGUUGCAAAAUCCAGUUCUGUCCCAGUAACAGAAGCAGCAGUAUCAACAAGCACAGUUGCCUGUAACAAUUCACCAGAACUAUGCAAUCGAAAUUACAACAACAUCACACACAUGGGAGCUCACGAUUCCGCAUUUUUAAGAGAUUCAACAACCGGGUUUACAACCGCAGGAAACCAAUUCUAUAACGUCACAGUCGCUUUAUCCGCAGGUAUUCGAUUGCUCCAAGCACAAGUUCAUAACUCGAAUGGAACCUUGGAACUAUGUCACACAUCUUGUCUACUUCUCGACGCGGGUAGUCUCGAAACCUUUCUCACUGAAAUUAAAACCUGGAUGGACGCCAAUACUAACGAAGUCGUCACUCUUCUUCUAGUCAAUUCUGACGACGAAUCAGCCGCUACUUUCGGAUCCAUCUUCUCCUCUUCCGGCAUUGAUACUUACGGCUAUACACCCACUUCUACCACCGCACCCAUCUCCACUUGGCCCACUCUUCAAACCCUCAUCACCGCAAACACCAGACUGAUUACUUUCAUCGCAAGUAUUGAUUAUGAUUCCAAAUAUCCAUACCUCCUCCCAGAAUUCACAUACGUCUUCGAAACCUAUUUUGGAGUCCUCUCCCUCGACGCCUUCAACUGUACUCUCCAACGCCCCACCUCGGUCGAUUCGGCCUCUGUCGCUGUCAAAUCCAGCUACAUGGGUCUCAUCAAUCAUUUCGCCGACACGGCCCAGUCAUUCGGCAUCACAGUCCCAGAUGUAGGAAAUAUCUCAACAACAAACUCCGCAAGCACAAGUACGACGGGCGCAUUGGGAACCCAGGCAAAGCAGUGUAGGAGUGAGUGGGGUAUCAAACCAACGUUUAUCUUGGUGGAUUUCUUCAACAUAGGUCCAAGUGUGGAGACGGCGGAUAUAUUAAAUGGCGUUUUGGGCGAAACGUCCGGGAGGACAAAUAUUAGUACGAGUGUUUUGACCGCGAGUAGUGAUGAUACCAGUAGUGGGGCCAGCUCGCUGAAUUUGAGUUGGGGUUUCGGUUUGGGUCUGGGGAAGAAUUGGGAAAUCAUGUGGAUGAUGAUAGGAGUGGUUGCAGUAGGGAAUUGGAUCUGCUUGUGA